AUGGCUUCAACUGCCACCAGAACUUCCUGUAACCUCCAGUUCAUCCCAGCCUGGUCAAGCGCUACCACCGCAUUUCAUAGAUCCGUCAUCUAACUGGUUUCAGCAUUCCUGCACCACAUGCACCAUUUGUUUUGGCUCAACCCCCACAGCCGGUGAGUCAUGGACUUCACAAUCCAUUUAUGUAUCAAUACCCACUGGUACAUCCACAAUUCACAUACAUUCCCUCAGCAAUUUUUACAGCGUUAAUGAUUUGCGAUUAGUUCUAUAUAAUUUUAAGUACAUAUUGCUGUAGCUCACAGAUUACUGUAAAUUCGGCCAGUGUGACCGUUCGUGACAUGAGUGUAACCCACGAAAUGGCCCACCGUAAACAAUUGUAGGACUCCGCCGACUCCAUCUGCAGAGUAGACUGCUCGUCCUCUGCGCCAAACGCUGAUUAGUUACGACACCAUGUCUACGCCAGAAGUAUAUUCAAUCGCCAAAACUCCAGUGACGUGCCACGCAUUCAACGCGGACCGCAGUCAGGUUGCUGUAAGCUUGAAUGACAACAACGUCCAGAUCUAUGCCAAGCAGGGAAAGGAGUGGAUUCUAUCUGAGACACUCUCCGAGCACGAUAAACUGAUCACGUCGAUCGAUUGGGCCCCAAACUCCAACCGCAUCGUCACCGCCUCACAAGAUCGCAAUGCAUACGUCUGGUCCCUCUCUCCCGAUCCACUUACUGGGAAUUUGGUGUGGAAGCCUACUUUGGUGCUUCUUCGUAUCAACAGAGCCGCUACCUUUGUCCGUUGGAGCCCCAAUGAAGACAAAUUUGCAGUUGCCAGUGGUGCAAGGGCGAUUGCCAUUUGUUCGUUUGAUCCUGAGAACAAUUGGUGGGUGGCAAGGCAGCUCAAGAAACCAAUCAGAUCGACCGUCUUGUCUGUCGACUGGCAUCCGAACAAUGUCUUACUGGCUGCAGGGAGCGCUGAUAUGAAGGCACGCGUGUUCUCCGCUUACAUCAAAGACGUAGACAAGAGGCCCUCGCCUACCAUCUGGGGCGAGAAGCUUCCCUUCAACACUAUCUGUGGAGAAUAUAGCAGCCCCGCAGGCGGAUGGGUUCACGCAGUCGGAUUUUCUCCUUCUGGGGAUGUUUUAGCUUUUGCCAGUCAUGAUAGCUCUAUCAGCAUCGUUUACCCUGGUGGUCCCAUGGUUUACAAUAUUCGCAUUAGUUCUCUGCCAUACGUGACCUUAACAUGGACUUCCGAGGACGCCUUGGUUGCAGCUGGCCACGAUUGUCAACCUGUCGUUUUCUCCGGCUCGGAGCAAGGUUGGGGCCUUAUUGGCACUUUAGAUGAUAUCACCGCUUCCAGUGCAUCGAAGACUCAUGGUGCAAGGACUGGGACUGUCGGGAGGUUGAACAGUGCAGCGUUCAACACGUUCAGGAAUGCGGAUACGCGUGGACAUACUGGAGGAGGAGACACCGCUUCUGACACGGAAUUGCUUACUGUGCACCAGAACACGAUCACCAGCGUCAGGCCGUACGCGUAUGGGGGUGAGGGGAUCGUUAGCAGGGUGAGCACUACUGGAGUGGAUGGAAAGCUUGUCAUUUGGGACGUUAAUGCUGUGUCGGCCCUUACUGGAAAGAUGGGCGGCUUGAGGGUCUGAAGCUAUGAUAAACUGUUGUACAAUUAAUCGUACAUUGAAUAAUGUGGUAUGUAAGUGUGCACGAAACUCUUUUGGAUCAGUAUCAUCUUUGGGUAGUGUCAUCCAUCGCGUACGCGUAUCCACCCUCGAUCUCUUGAACAGGCUGCUCGUUGAUGACGCCCCAGACUGAUGCUUUGAACUGUACCAUCUAGAUCAGCCUGAAAUUGCAGAAGUGAAGGGGUAUCAGAAUACCAAGGUCAAGACCAAGCCCAUUUUUCUCUCCAACACUCUUAAACGCGCGAUAAGAUUC